UGUUUCGCUCCAGCAUUAACCACAUUCCAGAGAGGCGGAGUGCACCCCGUCCACUUCCUCGCAUUCCUUCUCCACAAACGAGUUCCUUGCGCUAAAUUGUGUUUAAAAUGGGUUUUGGCGCACUCUGUCUCUUUUAAUAUGUAAGAUGUGGCUGUUAGUGGUGCAUUGCAAUAUUUUCUCGACCUCAAAUUUAAAUGUGAGGCUCUUUUGGAAAACUGGAGAAAAACUUGACAAGGGAAAAUUCCUCCGCGCAGCGCGCCAUUGACUGUAAAAGACCUUUCAAUUGAACAAAAACUGAAGUUGACAAAUGUAUCCUGAAGUUGAAACUUUGUGAUAAGGGUUUAUGUUUUCGAAGAAAAAGAUCAUGCACCGCUUCGAGAUUUCCAAGCACACUGGCCGUUCAGCAAACAGGCGACGAUGCCUGGAUUGAGCCUGCGUUUUGUUAUGAUUUCCAAGUGAAAUGCAAUUACUGCUAUCUCUCAGUCGGUAGUCGGUUUGUGGACUAGUGCGCUCUUUCUCUGAACUUGUUCGUCGGCUCCGGAGCAAACCAUGGAUCACUAUGAGGAAGAUUUGGGACUCCGGGCGAGUAAAUUAAUGGAGGACCUUUCCUUAUAUGAAGCAUACAAGGAUGGAAUGUACAGUUUAAGGAGGGACAUGGUUAUCAACCCCGAUUUGGAUUUUUCGUCUCCAACGAUACCCGAGCAGAAAAGUACGACAAUGAAUGGCAACUCUGUGCCUCAGCAACAGACACACAGCGUUGAGAAUUACAUGACUGGGAAUAAAGUGUACACUGCGGCUCCCGUGCGCCCCGUGAAUGGCAACAGAGCCGUUCCUGUGGAUUAUUGCACCCCUCAAAGAGACAUAGUUUAUCCUAAUGAAGAUAGCUAUUGCACCAAAUCCGAAAUUGCUUUGCCGUGUUAUAGCGGCGCGUCCGAGCGACACAGGAGGUACUCCUUGGAGGUGCUGGGGCAUAGGUACAGCACUGGUAGCGCGUACGAUGGAGUGGUUUUGAACAAGCCAGUACCUUCACCUGGCAACAGAUGCAACAGUAUAUGUGUUACCACCAACCACGACGGCAGAUACAAUGCAACCAGCCCGCGGUCCAGUUUCGUAUCCUCCCUCUCCUCCCAGGAGCAAAGCAAACAUGCAAGCCCGAGGUCGAGCAUCAGUAGCCCGCGCACGAGUCUCUUGGUACCCGGGCAAGACAAGUACACUAGUCCCAGGUCCAGUCUGGUACACUGUGAAGGGAGCAGUGCCCUCAGCCCCCGGUCUAGCUAUGCAAGUACAGCCAGCGACACAAGUAAACAUUCCAGCCCAAGGGCCAGUCUGAACAGCUAUGACUGCUGCAGUAAGCCCAGCAGUAACCGCACCAGCGGCAUCAGUAUGGGCUACGACCAAAGGCACAUCAGCCCCAGGUCCAGCACAGCGAGCCAGUAUUCUUGUACCACCAGUCCACGUUCUAGCUAUUCUGAUUCGCGUUACAUGCCUGUGGAGAACCAUGAUCUUGAGGGUGCAGUUUUGCAUGGCAUGCCGGUGGCCAGUCCCCGGUCAAGCAUCUGCAGCCAGGAAGGGUGCGCAAGACCCGGGACAAUAGCUAACUGCGUCGUUAGUCCCCGGUCCAGUAUCUCCAGUCACAGUUCCAGAAGUUCCCAGAGCUCCAGGGGAUCUAUGAGCACCUACCCAGAUCUCCAACUGCCUUCACCCAGGUCCUCAAUGCUGGGGACUGGUUUGCAGGAGGACAUACUAACCCAAGAUUGUGGCGAUACCAACGGUGUUCAUAGUCGUAUCCAUCUCCAAGCGCUCUCUGGGAUGCCAGAGGCCCUGCCACAGCAUGCACCACAACAGUCAACCCAGGCAGGGAUGAACACAGAGGUGACCGCUGGAUCACCAUCAUCUUCUUAUGGGCUCCAUAUGAAAACUCCAGCCUCAGGGCAGAGGUUUAAACUACCUUACCAGGUGACCCCAUGCCGGGAAAGUGGCCCAAGCCAAGCAGAAAGGAGUCUGGAAGCACUCACCUUGGAGCUGGAGAAGGAGUUAGAAAUGCACAUGAAAAAAGAAUACUUUGGUAUCUGUAUCAAGUGUGGGAAAGGUGUGUAUGGAGCCAGCCAAGCCUGUCAGGCCAUGGGGAAUCUGUACCAUACCAACUGCUUCACCUGUUGCUCCUGUGGGAGGAGGCUGAGAGGGAAAGCUUUCUACAACGUCAACGGCAAGGUCUACUGUGAAGAGGACUUCCUGUACUCUGGCUUUCAGCAGACGGCAGAGAAGUGCUUUGUAUGUGGUCACCUCAUCAUGGAAAUGAUCCUGCAGGCACUGGGCAAGUCCUACCACCCUGGCUGCUUCCGCUGUGUGGUCUGCACAGAGGGUCUGGACGGAGUACCUUUCACUGUGGACGUGGAGAACAACAUCUACUGUGUUAAAGACUACCACACGGUCUUUGCCCCAAAAUGUGCCUCAUGCAACCAGCCCAUCCUCCCUGCUCAGGGCUCUGAGGAGACCAUCCGGGUGGUGUCCAUGGACAAGGACUACCAUGUGGAGUGCUAUCACUGUGAGGACUGUGGCCUCCAGCUAAACGACGAGGAGGGUCACCGCUGUUACCCCCUGGAUUGCCACCUGCUCUGUCACGGCUGCCACAUCCGCAGGCUCAAGGUCCCGGUGCCCGGCCACCAGCCACCCAGCUACCCACUACACGUCACUGAGCUGUGAGAGGGCAGGGUCGGCGAGGUACCAACCCCAGCCAAGCCCAACCCACCGCUGACCCGCCUCCCAGGUGACCUGAGACAACAUAGCAGAAAGAAGAAGGAAUCCCCGCCCACGGAAUCCCGGGAACUUCAGAACCUCUUCUUGCAUGACAGAACAGAACAGAGAGACCCUGGGAGACUUCACUCUCUACUUGCCGGCCGUGCCCUGGGGAGAGGAGAUAGAUACAGGGCCAUGGACAAGUCACAAGACCGGGCUGGGAGAGAGUCCACGUCUCUCUCUCUCUCUCUCUCUCUCUCUCUCUCUCUCAUCAGUUUUUUUCUCCCUCCUUUCUCCUUUUGGUCUGUGAACAGUGAAGCAGGCCGAGGCCCCAGCCCACCCAGAGGCCCUGGCCGAUGUCAGCACCGUAACCCCUGCACAUUCAUCACAGUGGGGACUGGCCUGGAUGGAGAGAGGGAGCCACUCUCUCACUAUCUCCAUCGCUCUCUUUUUUCCUCCCUUUCUAUUUUCUUCAUUCCUUCGAGCUGCAGCCCAAUGCCAUGAUGCAUUUACUGCUCCUCUGUCAGAGAGAGAGAGAGCUGGACAGCGUCUCUGCCAGGAGGCUGGGAGGCCAUGAAACAGGCCGCUACAUAACAUUCCAGCACUGUCUGGCAGGGUUAGAGGGUUGGACAUGCUGUGCCUUCAGAGUGGCCUUCCACUGAGAAACCUCACUGAAUGGUGACAGUGCCACAGUCCAGCUAUCUACGGCACCUUUUGGCUAUGCAAGGGUACCGAGUCUACCAGCAACAGAGCGCCUUCGUGUGACUCUGUGACACACUCUCCUGUACCAUCCCUUCAUGUGACUCUGUGACACACUCUCCUGUACCAUCCCUUCAUGUGACUCUGUGACACUCUCCUAUACCAUCCCUUCAUGUGACACAGUCUCCUGUACCAUCCCUUCAUGUGACUCUGUGACACACUCUCCUGUACCAUCCCUUCAUGUGACUCUGUGACACACUCUCCUGUACCAUCCCUUCAUGUGACUCUGUGACACACUCUCCUGUACCAUCCCUUCAUGUGACUCUGUGACACUCUCCUAUACCAUCCCUUCAUGUGACACAGUCUCCUGUACCAUCCCUUCAUGUGACUCUGUGACACAUGCUCCAGUGCUCCUUGGCAUAGUGGAUGUUCGUGGCACCACAUGCGCUGUCAGUAGCCACAGCGCUAGCCUGGGCUGGCACUCAUUCCACUUAGCAGUCUUAGAAGACGUGACCUCGAGAGAUUCACAAGCAGUGUCUCAACGAUUAUAUAACAAGAUAAAAAGUUAGAAGCACGUAGAUUGCCUAUAUAUUUUGCAGACAUUUUCCACAUAAGAUUCUAGAAGUGUAGUGUAUUUUUUUGCUGCGUUAUUAUUAUCAAAUGGAAUCGGAGGCCAAACGAACUGUCGCCGUCUUAAUGGUCCUCUGAAGGGUAUUGGUCCGUUGUUUAAUUUCUCCUCAAGGACACAUGUCCUAGAGGCCUCUGUGUUGUCGUUGGUCAUGCGAUCCACAGACCUGUUAACAUGUACAGUUCCACACACUGGUUAUUUGACCCAUAUGGUAGCACUGAGUAAAUGAGUGUCUGACCAUCGAGAGUCCCCACAUAUCCUCGUCAUGCACACGUUACUGUGUCAUACCUACUGGUUGAUCUGAUUGUCUGGUUGGUUGUGGGAGUUGCUGGUCCAACCCAUGUCUCUGGGAAUCCAUCCCCCGUGUUUUCCCUUGCUGGUUGUGCUGUUGUGUGUGUGUGAGUGUGUGUGUGUGUUUGUGUGUGUUUGCUGGUCUAUAGACGCUGAGUGUACAAAACAUUAAGAACUGCUCUUUCCAUGGCAUAGACUGACCAGGUGAAUCCAGGUGAUGUCACUUGUUAAAUCCACUUCAAUCAGUGUAGUUGAAGACAGGUUAAACCUGAUUUUUACGCCUUGAAACAAUUGAGACAUGGAUUGUGUAUGUGAGCCAUUCAGAGGGUGAAUUGGCAAGACAAAAUAUUUUUAAGUGCCUUUGAACAGGGUAUGGUAGUAGGUGUCAGGCACACCAGUUUGU